UGCGGUGCUCCGGUCCCCGUGCAGCCGCACUGCCAAGCACCUUGCGGCGCUCGGAGCCGGCCCAGCCCCUGGAUCGGAGAGCUCGGCCUUUCCCUGAGCAGGAAUCGUGGAGCCCGGCGCCAUGUGGCUCUCUCUGCUCCUCCUCAGCCAAGGCAUUCUUCAUAAUUGCUGUGAAGCAUACAACGUUGGGCUCCCAGAAGCAAAAUUGUUUUCUGGUCCUUCAAGUGAGCAGUUUGGAUAUGCAGUUCAACAGUUUAUAAAUCAUCAAGGCAAAUGGCUGCUUGUUGGCUCGCCAUGGAGUGGGUAUCCAGCUAACAGAAUGGGAGAUAUCUACACAUGUCCUGUUGACUCACUUGAAACCACAUGUAAAAAACUGAAUUUACAAACUUUAACACGUAUCCCAAAUGUUACUGAGAUAAAGGAACAGAUGAACCUUGGCUUGACACUAAUAAGAAACUCAAAAACUGGAGGAUUUUUGACUUGUGGUCCCUUGUGGGCCCAGCAGUGUGGAAGUCAGUACUAUGCAACGGGAGUCUGUUCUGAAAUCAGUCCAAGUUUCCAGAUCUUAAGAAGCUUUUCACCUGCUCUUCAAAACUGCUCCUCCUUCAUCGAUGUUGUUGUUGUGUGCGAUGAGUCAAACAGCAUUUAUCCCUGGGCUGCAGUGAGUGCGUUUUUGACAAAAUUUGUCCAAGGCUUAGAUAUAGGCCCCACAAAAACUCAGGUGGGCCUAAUUCAGUAUGGUAAUGAUCCAAGGGUAGUGUUCAACUUGAAUACCUAUGAAACAAAAGAUGAUGUUGUUAAAGCAACGUCACAGACCUUUCAAAAAGGAGGAGACUUGACUAAUACUUUCAAAGCAAUUGACUAUGCAAGACGUCAUGCUUUUUCCUCUGAAUCUGGUGGACGGCCCACAGCCACAAAAGUCAUGGUCGUUGUGACAGAUGGUGAAUCACAUGACGGCUCACGUUUGAAAGAAGUGAUAACUAAAUGCAAUGAGGACAAAAUAACCAGAUUUGGCAUAGCUGUUUUGGGAUACUUAAUCAGAAAUGAACUCGAUACUAAAAAUUUAAUUAAAGAAAUCAAAGGAAUUGCGAGUCUUCCGACAGAAAAGUAUUUUUUUAACGUGUCAUCUGAGGCUGCACUGUUGGAAGAAGCAGGAACACUGGGAGAACGCAUAUUUAGCAUAGAAGGUACCGAUCAAGGUGAUACAUUCCAAAUGGAAAUGUCCCAAGUGGGCUUCAGUGCGUAUUACUCACAAAAAAAGGAUGUUCUGAUGUUAGGUGCUGUUGGGGCUUAUGAUUGGAGUGGGACUGUAGUCCAGGAGACCUCAAACCAAGUGACUACAUUCCCUAAUCAAGCAUUUGAAAAAAUUCUACAAGACAGAAACCAUAGCUCAUAUUUAGGUUAUUCUGUUGCUAUUAUCUCAACCCAGAACACUGUCUAUUUUGUUGCUGGUGCGCCAAGAUCAAACUACACUGGCAGAGUAGUGGUUUAUGACAUUGACAGCCAUGGCAGAGUCACAGUUGUUCAGUCUCAGAGAGGGGAUCAGAUUGGCUCCUACUUUGGCAGUGUGGUGUGUGCAGUGGAUGUUAACAGAGAUUCAGUUACAGAUGUGCUGCUAGUAGCUGCACCAAUGUUCAUGAAUGAGCUAAAGAAAGAAGAGGGAAGAGUUUAUAUGUUUUCCAUCAUAAAGGGGAUUUUGGAUCAACAAGAACUCUUAGAAGGUCCGCAAGGGUUAGAAAAUGCUCGGUUUGGAUCUGCUAUGGCUACCCUUUCAGAUAUUGAUUUGGAUGGGUUUAAUGAUGUGAUAAUAGGAGCACCUUUAGAAAAUCAGAACUCUGGAGCAGUUUACAUUUACAAUGGCAAUCUAAGGACUAUACGUACCAAAUAUUCACAGAAAAUUAUAGGAUCAAAUUCUGCUUUCAGACAACCACUCCAGUACUUUGGAAGAUCAGUAGAUGGCCAUAAAGACUUGAAUGGUGACGGCAUUACUGAUGUAUCUGUUGGUGCUGAUGGAAAUGUGGUUCAGCUCUGGUCACAAAGCAUUGCAAAUGUGUCCAUAAGAGCAUCAUUUGUACCUGAGAAAAUCAGUCUGCUGAAUAAGAACACUGAGAUAGCCGUCAAAAUAUGUUUCAGUGCCAAGUUUAGACCUGCUAAUAGAAAUAACCAAGUGGAUAUUAGAUACAAUGCAACACUGGAUGCUGAUCUCCAGUCAUCUAGAGUGACUUCUAGAGGAUUAUUCAAAGAAAACAAUGAGAGAUAUAUACAGAAAAAUAUUGUUGUAAGUUCUGCAGAGACCUGUGUUGAGCACAUCUUUAAUGUACAGGAGCCUUCUGAUGCUGUAAACUCCCUUAGUCUGCGCAUUGAUAUUAGCCUCAAGAAUCCUGGCUCCAGUCCUGUCCUCGAUAUAUAUUCACCUGCCACUGUGGCCUACAGUAUCCCUUUUGUUAAGGACUGUGGUGAGGAUGAACUCUGCAUUUCUGAUCUUGUUCUUGAGGUUCAACAGAAAACCGAUGAUGGCAAACGGCCCUUUAUUGUCAGCAGCAAGAACAGAAGGCUGACAUUCAGUGUGAAGCUGAGAAAUAAAAAGGAAAAUGCCUACAACACCAGAAUCCAGGCUACAUUUUCAGAAAACUUGUUUUUUGCUUCAUCUUCUUUACCAGCUGAUGGGACUGAAGUCUCAUGUCAGAUGGGCACUGGCCAUAAAUCAGUCAUUUGCCAAGUCAGCUAUCCUGUUUUUAAAGUGGGACAACAGGUAUAUUUUGAUAUUAAUUUUGACUUUAAUCUCAAAAAUCUUCAGGAUAUGGCAAAUAUAAGUUUUCAUGCUUUGAGUGAAAGUAAUGAAGAGCAAGAAGCAGACAACCAGGUCUACCUGUCAAUUCCUCUGCGGUACGAUGCAGAAAUUCACUUAACAAGGUUUACCAGCAUAAAUUUCUAUGAAGUAUAUUCUGAUCGUAAUAUUCCUUCCACUGUGAAUAAUUUUGAAGAGAUUGGUCCUGCGUUCAAUUUUUCAGUGAAGGUUACAAUGGGAAGCAUUCCAGUAAAGGUGGCUUCUGUAAAAAUCCAUUUUCCACAGUUAACUAAAGGAAACAAUCCUCUGAUGUAUCUAACUGCACUGGAUACAGAUCAGGCUGGAGGUGUCAGUUGUGAUGCAAAGAUUAAUCCUUUGCAACUAGGAAAAACAUCUUAUUCUGCAUCUUUCAAGAAAGAAAACUUCAGAGCUGCAAAAGAACUAAACUGUAAGAACACACACUGUACGACAAUUACAUGCAACCUGAAAGACCUCACACUGAAAGGAGAGUAUUUUGUAAAUGUGUCUACCAGAAUCUGGAAUGGGACCUUUGCAGCUUCAACUUUCCAGAUGUUACAGCUGACAGCAGAUGCAGAAAUUAAUACACAUAACCCAGAAUUAUUUAUAAUUGGAGAGAAUACCCUAACUAUCCCAGUGACAAUAAUGAAGCCUGAGGAGAAAGCGGAGGUACCAAUCGGAGUUGUGAUAGGAAGUAUACUGGCAGGACUGCUAUUGCUGUUAGCGUUGGUUGCUGUUUUAUGGAAACUUGGCUUCUUCAAGAGAAAAUAUGAAAAAAUGACAAAGGAUGUAGAAGAUAUUGAUGAAAUUACAGAACUCACAAAAGACAAAGAUUGAAGACAACAAUGAUGGGAAUACAGAACUAAUCCUCUGAGCCACAAACAAUGGCUGUGGUCCAAUCAGAUCUUCAGCUGGAGUGCCUUAACGUUCAAUAACUGUUAAACUUGUUUUUUAAGGAAUGAAAAUGCUUUUUUUAUGGAUGAAAAUAUUUUACAGAUUCUUCUGUUUUGUAAGAGUAACUGCAGGUCAGUUUUUUUUUCACAAAUAUUUUAUAGUAUAUUUUCUUGUAUAUUUUUUUUCCUUGCAAACAAAUUAGCCCUUGUGAAUCGGGCAGGUCUGGAGCAUACACCUUGUGGUAGAAAUCCCACUUCCAUUCCACAAAGAGCAAAAUAGAGCAACUUUUUUCAGAUUUUGGAACAAUAUCAGUCCAAGUUAAUAGGCUCUUGGUAAAAAUGAUUUUUUUCUACUAACUAAAUGAUCUAGAUGACGACAUUGCAUGAUGAAUAUUGAUUCAGGACAUGGAAAAGUAAAGCUCAGUUUGCAGUUUCUUAGCUACAUUUUGAUUGUCUUGGAGAACUGACUCACAUUUCCCAUCAAAUCUGAGUCUUAACUAAUCCAUAACCUUACAGGUUGUAUAUAUUAUAAAAUGGGCAAUGCGUCCUGAUUUGGGAAUGAAGACUCCAGUCUACGCCCUAAUAUAGGGUGUCUGGAUGGGUACACCAUACCAAGUACAUCACCAUAUUCCUUUCACUAAGGUGACAAAAAUUAAUUUUUUUACAGUGUAUGGUAUUGGUACUUCUAAAUGAGACAUGCUCCUGCUUUAGUGCUGCCUUGCAUGUUUUGUCCUUUUUAAAGGCAGAAGAUCUGAAUUUGAAAACUCACUGUGACUUGCUGUCAUUGAGCAGGGGGUUGGACUAGAUGACCUCCUGAGGUCCCUUCCAACCCUGAGAUUCUAUGAUUCUACUGUGGCAGCUUUCAAAUUCUCAACACUACUCCAAUGGAUUUAAAUUUUACUUCUCUGAACCCUUGUCUUGUACAGUUAAUCAUCUAACAAAGGAGAAAAAACAGGCCUAUAUUUAUUAUUAUUAAAAAUCACUUACCAUACCUUUAAAUUUACAUGUCCUUUUUUCUUUAACCCAAAGAGCAAGGUGAAUUGAAAACCUUUAUUUGGAUUCCUAAUCCUUACUCACGGCAGUAACCCCACAGACUAUUGGCAUCAUGAGAAUGAAGAUGCAAGAUUUUGCCUUCGUUCAGUAGCUGACAAUAAGGCAGGAGUGAAAGAAAGUGUCUGGUGUAUUAUAGGAGCACAGGAAAAGCUAAGUGAUGUGCAGCUAGUGUGACAAAGAACAGUGGAAGAUCUGUUCUAUAUUGGUGCUUGUACCACUCUCAUCAUCGUAUUAUGUGAGUGCCUUUCAGUGAUGCAUUAAGCAGUGUGACCACUGUCACAUGCUGUUUGUUCUUAUAUAGUUAAAGAACUUUUAUAAGUAACUUAUGUUUUGUACAAUUUAAAAUACUGUAGUACUUUUGAAAGAGAAGUUUUAAGACCUAAAAAGGACGUCUUAUUCAGGUGGCCUUAUGUUACGCUGUUUAAUUUACAUAACAUUUUUCUAUUAAAGUGACCUUAUGUUAUAUACCCUUUGCUUUAAAAGAAAAUCUUUGAAUUUUAGGUUUGAAAAACUAAGAAUCUCCAUGUUAAAGAGAGAGCCCACACCAAUCUUGUGGGCUGAGAUAAUUGAAGUUUUGGUUGCCUCACUCUCAUGACAGGAAGUUAACCUCACAAGCACAUCACCUGUUGAAAUGCUUUUCUAUACAUAUUUUGGAUUAGAAAUAAGGUGGUGUCUGAUAGAAGACAAUUAUCUGAAGGGUGUAAAAUUUUCAAAGGGACCUAAAUCCCAUUUUCAAAAGAGACUUAAGAGUCUAAGUCCUCUUGACAUUCAGUUAGACUUUAGGUAAAGAUUUUUAAAAGUACCACUCUCUUCUAUGAAUGUGACUGAGGCUCCUACAUCACUUAGUGCCUUUACACAUUUUUAAUCUUAGCCUCCUAAGGGCCCAAGUCACUUUCAGAAAUUGGCCUUAGGCUCCUAAAUCACUUAUGCACUUUUGAAAAUUUUUACCCAAAGUCGUCUUAGUCGGUAAACAGUAGCCAGCCAAGCCACCAACUUCCCUGACUGGAAGAGGUGUCAUUUGGAAUAACAGCUGAAUUAUUUUCAGUCUAUCUGGUGUUUGUUUUUAUUCUAAAAGUUUUUUUUUAUAUUUUCAUAUUCUAUUUUUUAUGGUGACAUGUUGAAAGACAAUCUGGAUCCCAAACUCGAUUGUCUGACAGAUAAAUACAGUUGCCACCACUUGUGUUUGUGGCCAAACUGAGUUUUUAAAAAUUAAGUUGUGUUCUAAACAAUUCCUUAAAGAACAAACUUCUGACUCGCAGUUAUAAACCCUGGGUGCAUCGACUAGCACAUGCAACCUAAGAUUGAAGAUAAAAAUUGGUCUCCUGCCUCAAUUCUCUUUUAACAACUUGAAAAAAAAAUUGCACUCAUACUGAACUUGCAAAAACCUCAUAUAUAAUUAAUCCUGUGCAUUCAGAGCAAGAAUAGGAAUUUAACAAUGCCGUGGAUGGUAAAAUCUUUCAUUUCUUGUGCCUUUUGGUGGUGCAUGUAAUGGAACCCAGGCAAGCAACCAGUUUUUAUUGUCAGUCACAAGUUGAAUGUGCAGAAGAGUGUAUUACAUCCAGGGUUUUAGGUGCAUGAUUACAUUCACUUGCCGUGACUGGGUUUUUCAUUGUCCCAGGUGUUAAGAUUUUUCUGGAAGAAGCGCUGUUCUCAAACUACAAGGAAAGCAGAGCAUAAGUAGGGUUUUGCAUCUGUCACUUAGCCAUUUAAUGUUACUAGUUUGGUGGGUUUGUUUGUUUGUUUUGUGUUUGGUUGGGGAGGGGGGGAAGGGCGGUUUGUAUGUGUAUUUUUUAUUACUUAAAUAGUUAAUUCCAUUUUGUAAAGAGUAAUUUUAUUGCACUUUUGGGUAGGCAUAGCCUGAGAAAUAAUGCUGGAAAUUUUAUGUAUAUUUUGUACUGUGUAUAACGGUUUGGGGGUUUACAUUUUUAAAACCUUGUAAAGACAUUUAGUUUUAGCUCUAACGUGUUAUUUUGCAGUGCUGGGCUUUGAUUCUGAUCUUGCUUGCAACAGCAGAAGUCAGGAGUGACUCCAGUGAAAUCAAGAGUUACACAGUGUAAAACUGGUGCGAGAUCCGAAUUAGACUGGCUGAGGUUUAGACGAUAUGAGUAAAGUCCUUUGUAAAUCUCAAAAAUUAGUCUCAUAGGAGAAAGCGACAAAGAGUCGUGUGGCACCUUAUAGACUAACAGAAGUAUUGGAGCUUGAGCUUUUGUGGGUGAAUACCCACUACAUCUGUUAGUCUAUAAGGUGCCACAGGACUCUUGCUUUUUACAGAUCCAGACCAACACUGCUACUCCUCUCAUAGGAGAGUGGACACUGAGAUACAGAUUUAACACAAAUGAUCAGAUUGAGGACUCAGAACUAGAUUGUAAACUUUUUGGGGCAGAGACCAUCUGUUCUGUGCUUGUGCAUAAUGAGGCCCUAGAGCCCCUAGGCACCACUACAGUACAAAGGAUAAAAACUAAUUUUUGUUACAAAUCUGAAUACAGACUAAUAAAAGCAGAGCUUUGAAGAGUGAAAAGCUCCACUAAAAGCCACUAUAUAAAAUGCAGCAAAUUUUUUCUUUGCUACAGUAGCAGAAUCCUAAGGUUACGAUAUUGCAAGGUGCUGACAACCAGCUGUUGAGGAUACUAAGAGGCUGUGCCUCAGGCCUUACAGGUUUUAGCCAUUGGUGCAGCAACACUGCUAAGCUUGGCUGCACUGGUGUAAGUCACAGUUCACACUGAUGCAGCACAUCUACACUAGGGGAUUGCACCAGUGCAGCUCUAUUAAUGGAGUUAGUUCCCACAGGCUCCCUCCCUUCUAAAAUUACAACUUCACAACGCAUUUGCCCUCCCCUCUUGGAGCAGUUUGUUGUCUUCCCCCUCCAAGUUGGCAGUGACUUUUGAGUGAUCCUCAGACCCUCCUCUCACCUACUUCGUAUUGCAGCCCAGUUUUGCACUUGAAAGAGCAACGUAUGAAAGGUAAAUAAGAUCAAACAUCACCAAAUACUACAUAUGAUGGUUACUUUUUAUCAGGCUAACAAUUUCCCCCUUUCAUUACCUUUUAAACAUAAUGGAUAUAAAAUGAUGUUCUCACUGAGAAAUGCAGUUAAGAUUUAAAAUCUCUGACGUUUCUGCCCUCUACUGUAUGUAUAUUUUGCACUUUAGUACAGAAUGCCAUAGCACCUGAUGUACUGGAGUUUGUUUUUGUUUAUUUAAUAACAAAAAUAAAAGGCAGCACUGUUUGUGUACAUUCAAAUCAA